AAAAGUGUAAUGUAUUCUGUGGUGCCCUGUGGUAGUGAAUAGUGAUUGCUUGCUAGGAGCUGAAUAAAUUAUAGUUUCCCUGAUUUUAUAUUAUACAUGGAAACAGUAUAUUGUUCCAAAAUACCAAUAUGUGAAAAGGAGGAAUAAAAAUAAAGAGGAUAGUAUUAUUACGAAGACAAUUCGAAGAAUCAAGUGAUGUAUUUACAAUGCGGAAAUCUACUUAGGAGCCACCAUGAAAUCUUCAGACAAGUGCCCCAGAAAAAUGGAAAAAAUAUCAGUGUUGUGUAACUUAGAAAUUUGGAAACAUAGUAAAUGGAGGACUAUUGAUAAAUUAAGAUAAUAACAGUCACUGUAAAUUUCUUUACAUUCCGUAAAUUUUGUGCCAUAAGUUGAAACUAAAUUAUAUAUUAAUCUCGAUAUUAACCAUAACUCAAAUAACCAAAGUCAAUAGUAUUACUAAAAUAAGGUAACAGCUAUAGUGUGAAAUGUGCGACGACUCUAGGCCCCUAUUAGGGGGUAACAAUAAAUUACCUUCUGUGAGGCAUUUCCCACAAAGAAUUAAGAAAAAAACUAGAUGGAUCUUAAAACCGGCAACUCUAAGGAAGUGUGUGAUUGCUAUUAUAUUUUUCUCUAUAAUUUUGAUUAUAAUAUAUUCCAGACAGACUCGUACACCCUAUCUAGCUACGUUCAUGCAUAGAAAUACGAGACCUGAGCCAAAUAUAAGAUGUGGAGUAUUGAAUGGCCCCAGAAUCAUUCAAAACCACGACCAUAAGACAGAUGCAAGACUGCGAAGUUACCCUAAAGUUUUAGUUUUUGUAGAAACAAUGUAUUCAAAGCUUGGAAGGGACAUUGCCGAACUACUAGUUCACACAAGAAUAAAGUACAAAAUAGAAGUCACUGGUAAAAGUGUUCCAGUUUUAACGAAUUUGGAUAAAGGCAGAUACGGUGUAAUAGUGUUUGAAAAUUUUAGCAAGUACCUACAGAUGGAUAAUUGGAACAGGGAAUUACUAGAUAAAUAUUGUAGGGAAUAUUCAGUAGGUAUAAUUGGUUUCAUCACGCCAGAGGAGGAAACUUAUGUAGGAUCUCAACUUAAGGGCUUUCCUCUGUUUAUACACACUAACCUAAAAUUGAAGGAUGCCGCACUAAACCCGGCCUCCCAAAUCUUGCGAUUAACCCGUGCUGGAGAAACUGCAUGGGGUGAAUUGCCUGGUAAUGAUUGGACCGUAUUUCAAGCAAAUCACUCCACAUAUGAAACUUUGGAAUGGGCGAACAGAAAUGAUAAUUUCCAAAUCAAUGACAGUGGUGUGAAAACACCGCUUCCAACGGUUAUCCAGGACCAUGGACUAUUCGACAACAUACAAAGAGUGAUUUUUGGAUCCGGCCUAAGGUUUUGGCUCCACCGGUUAUUAUUCCUGGAUAGCUUAUCCUAUUUAAGCCACGGGCAGCUCAGCUUGUCAUUAGAUCGAAAAUUUCUCGUCGAUAUCGAUGAUAUAUUCGUUGGUGAAGUAGGGACCCGUUUGAGACCAGAGGACGUAAAAGCUUUAAUAAACACGCAGGCAAGACUCGCUAGUAUGGUGCCUGGAUUCAAAUUCAACCUGGGUUUCUCUGGAAAGUAUUUUCAUCACGGUAAUAGUGAGGAAGAUAAAGGAGAUGAUUUAAUUCUGGAAAAUAUUGAUAAAUUUAUGUGGUUUUCUCACAUGUGGAACCAUCAACAGCCUCACUUGUAUGAUAAUUUAACUCUGCUCAUGGAAGAUAUGGUGCUGAACAAAAAUUUUGCUAAAGAAAAAGGGAUACCCAUAGAUUCUGGCUACUCUAUAGCCCCACACCACUCAGGAGUAUAUCCAGUCCACGAACUUCUGUAUACUGCCUGGAAAAAAGUGUGGAAUAUUAGAGUAACGUCUACCGAGGAGUAUCCGCAUUUAAGGCCAGCUAGGCUAAGGAGGGGUUUCAUACACAGAAACAUUAUGGUGCUACCAAGACAGACCUGUGGGCUUUUUACUCACACCAUGUUGAUAGACAGAUAUCCAGGUGGGAGGGAAAAAUUAGACGAGUCCAUACAGGGAGGGGAACUGUUUCAAACCAUUGUGUAUAAUCCAAUCAACAUUUUUAUGACUCACAUGUCAAACUAUGGCAACGACAGAUUAGGAUUAUACACUUUUGAAUCAGUAAUAAAAUUCAUCCAGUGUUGGACAAAUAUCAAAUUGACUUCUGCUCCGCCACUGCAGUUGGCUGAAAAUUAUUUCAAAUUGUACCCUGGAGAAGCAGAUCCUGUGUGGGGGAAUCCUUGUGAUGAUGUAAGGCACCAAAAGAUUUGGUCUCGUAACAAGUCCUGUGAUUCGUUACCAAAGUUUUUGGUAAUAGGACCUCAAAAGACUGGUACUACAGCAUUGUACACAUUUUUAUCUCUUCAUCCAGCUAUAGCAAGUAAUUUACCUAGUCCGACUACUUUUGAAGAAAUUCAGUUUUUUAAUGCUCACAAUUAUCUAAGGGGAUUAGACUGGUACAUGGAUUUUUUCCCGUCAGAUACUAAUUCCUCUGCUCGGUACUACUUUGAAAAGAGUGCUACAUACUUUGAUGGUGAAUUAGUCCCAAAGAGGGUGCACGCUCUUCUACCUCACGCAAAAUUGAUAACGAUAUUGAUAUCCCCCGCAAAACGGGCCUAUUCUUGGUAUCAGCACACUAAGGCUCAUGGCGACAUAAUAGCUAAUAAUUAUAGUUUCCAUCAGGUUAUAACGGCUAGCGAUACCGCCCCAAAACCGCUAAGAGAUUUGAGGAACCGGUGCUUAAAUCCAGGUAAAUAUGCUCAACACCUGGAGAGGUGGAUGACGUAUUUUUUGCCGCAAGCUCUACACAUUAUCGAUGGGGAGGAGCUGAAGAGUAAUCCGAUUGAGGUUAUGAACGAGGUGCAGAAGUUUUUGAAAAUUACGCCGGUUUUUAACUACACCGAACAUCUGAGAUUUGACCCAAAAAAAGGCUUCUUCUGCCAAGUCGUAAACGGAGACCACACUAAAUGUCUUGGUCGCAGUAAAGGCAGACAAUAUCCUCCCAUGGAAGAGAAGUCACUGAAAUACCUUCAGAGGUAUUAUUUGAGCCAUAAUACUGCUUUAGUCAAAUUGUAUAAAAAGAAUGGCAUUAGAACUAUUCCAAAUUGGCUAAAAGAAGAUUUGUCGGAUAAAACUGACGACAACUAAGGUUUUAAAUUAAGUUAUUAGCUUUAUUGUACAUUUUCAUCACAUAAAGAUACUUAUGGUAUUAUAAGUUUAUGGUAUACUAUUUGAAAAUAUUUUUUAUUGUAAAUAUUUUACAAUAUUUUAUUUUUGUACUUAUACUACUAUUUAAUAUUUAUUACAUUUCUUCCUCUUAGUAGCUGAUUUUAACUUCUGUAUAAUUUAUUUAUUUAGUCGAAUAUAUAAUUGAAAUGCAAAUAAUUUAUAUCUAAUAUGGAAAAUAACACGUAAGUUAUUAAUAAGUAUGGCAAUACAUAUUUUAAAAUUCUUUACAUAAUACAACAAUAAUAAAAAAGUAAUAGUGGUAUUAAUAAUGAAAAUAGAGCUUUUCCUUUGAAAUCAACUUAUGUAUCGAGUCGUACUUUGAAUUUUUUAAAUACAGAUGUAUUUAAGUCAAUUGAAGGUAUCUCAAAAUUCACGUUUUAGAUAAUUUCCUGUUACAGUGGUAUUCCUAAUUAAUUCUUCAAUUCAGUCUUAACCGAUAUUAAAAAUCCUGGACAAAAAUGUUUCUUGUGAAAGUAAUUUCCAGAGGUUCGUUUUCUUUUUCUUAGUCGCCACGUUCACACCAUCUUUACACUUUAAAGUAUUUUUUGACAUGGAUGCAACAUAAAACAAUCUUUCUGCUCAUAAUUUUCGAACAUAAACAGAGACUAAUGAACUACUGACUGAAAGGUAACACGUUCACUGUCGGCUAUGGUAAUUAAAUCCGUACCCCAUGCCAGGUAUGUUUUUAUGGAAAAGUAAAAAUUUUAAAAACUUCCUUAAAUAACUCUGCAGAUAUAAUAAAUGAGUUUUGACGUUUCCUGGUAAUUUUUUGUUUUGGACGCGCUGGAGUGUCCGUGACACUGGAGGUCUAAUUUUGUGUAUAGGCGCAACUGGACGCACUAGCGCGUCCAGCCUCUAAUCGUUAUUUAUAAUUAGUGACAUAAUCACUUACAAAAUGUACAAGGUGUGGCAAGAUAACUUCCUUAUUUCGUAAUGCAAUGAAACAAAAAUAGUAAAGAUAUAUUUUCAAUUUUUUUUUUAUUAAAAAGUUAAACAUUUAAAGUUGUGGUUUACAUCGUUUUAAAAAUCAUAUCUGGUAAGUGACGUCCCCCACUGUCGAUAUACUGGUUGAACCGAAUUCUGCUAUUUGCCGAGAUUGCGCACCAAACGGUGAAACGUUGUGAAUGCAAAGGCGUCUGAUGGAGUUCUCGGUGGUUGUUGCCAGCCUAGUAGCGCAUAUUUAGCUUAUUGACAUAUCCAGUCAAAUUAAAAUGAAAACAGAAGCGCGUCUUCAAGAAGUGCUCUACAUGCAUUUCUUCGAACAUUAGUCGCGUUCGUAAAGUUCCUGCACAAUGGCCAACUUGUGAAAGAAAUGGAUAGAUUCUCAGGGGUUCUGGUGGGACGUGCGUCCUCAGUUCUUCUUUUCUGCACAGAACCAGUCUCCCUGAACGUAGUGACACACAAAAGAAUUGAUUUCCGGUCCAAAAUAGGACCCAAUGGUGCAGUAUUGAAGCGAUUUCGGAAGGCGUGCUAUCUUGCCGCACCUUGUAUUUGAAAUAGAAAAAUAUCAAACAGAAAAUUGAUAAUCCACAAAAUAAGCAAAAUGUAUUGUAUUCAGAAAAUAUGAAAACAAAAUGAACAAAAAUAAAAGUCAAAAGUAAAUAAGCGGACCUUCUAUAAAACAUAAUUUUGGAUAGACAUAAAUUGUGUAAGAAAUGUAUAUUCUUCAAUAAACAUCUUUGAAAACAAAACAAAAAUAGAAGAAAUCGAUAUGCUAAUAAUUCCGAAAAAAAACGGGCCCAUAAAAUUACAGUUUAUUACGUUACUCAAGUGACUCUACACGCACUACCGAACAAACUGAUAUUGAAUAGAAACGGAGAAGGCAUACACACAUAACUCAAGUUGACAUGCUAGCGCGUUAGAGGCAGUGAACGUGUUAAAAUUAGGUCUUCUCUAACAUGGCGUGUUCGAAUUUUUGUAACUUUAAAACAGUUAGUGAGCGCAAUUCAAAAGCAAGUCUGGAAAUCAGUCCUGCAUCGAACUUUAAUAGCUUAUGUCAAAUGCACAUGGGGCUUACUGAAUAAUAAUAAACUGCUCUUCUCCCACACAAGUCUCCGACUUCUGGGAUAAUCCAUGCGAUUAGAAUGAAGGGUAAAGUUGUUAUUUUAUUAUUAAUAGAGCAAAUAAGAGUUGUUUAAGAGUUCUAAUGCUGGGAUCACAAUAUUUUCAAAUGAUUUUGAUGUCCAAGAUUAAUUUAAAAAAUCCCCAGAGUUCUGACUCCAAACGGGUUGGGAACGUGUAUGUGUACAGGGUGUCUCAAAUUCUGUGCCCCUGGGCUGUUAUUGGCUAAUAAAAGACCUGCGUAAAAAUUUCCCUUGAGGUUUCAAAUAGGAGAUCGAAAACUCUCAUCAAAAGUCGACAGUUUUGUUUAAUUUCAAAAUACUUUUAUGUUCUAGAACACAAAAAUCUUUUUAAUUCUAG